UGCCGCAGCAGUGGAGGAGCGCAACGCAGCAACGUUUGGAAUCGAACAAUGGCGUCUCUCUGGUGACUGUCUGUAAAUAAACUCGGGAACGCGCAGAUUUAAGCUAACGGUACAGUUGAGCUGACGCAGCUCGAUCCUCGGAGCGAACGGACACAAGACUCAAACAUGCCAAAGGAGGCAGAUCACCAGGAGGAAGGAGGAGGAGGAGACAACGAGGGGUCGACUGAGAAAAGGACUGAGGAGAUGCCGGGGAAUAGAGCGCGGGAAAAUACAGCCUGCGGUCAAACGCCACCAGCGAGCGCUGUGAAGUUCGUGUCUGUGGAGCAGCUGAUGCACACGGCCAAGGGAGUCUCCAACAUGACUCUGGCUCAUGAAAUAAUGGUCAACCAGGCGUUUCAAGUCAAACCUGCAGCGCCACCUGAAGGAAGUUUGGAGCAGAGAUUAAAGGAGGUUAUGCACAAAGCAUUCUGGGAUACCUUGGAAGAACAGCUGAAGGAGGAUCCACCGUCGUACAAACACGCCAUCAAACUGCUGGCUGAAAUCAAAGAGAUUCUUCUGUCUUUGUUUCUGCCGAACCACGGCCGCCUGCGCGCCCGCAUCGAGGAGGUCCUGGACCUGCCCCUGAUCCAGCAGCAGGCGGAGAAUGGAGCUCUCGACAUACGUAAACUGUCCCAGUUUGUCACCGGGAUGAUGGGCUCGCUGUGCGCCCCCUGCAGGGACGAGGACAUCAACAAGCUGAAGGAGAUCACAGAUAUUGUGCCGCUGUUCAAGGCGAUAUUCUCAGUUCUCGACAUGAUGAAGUACGACAUGGCAAACUUCGCCCUGAGCAGCAUCAGGCCUCAUCUGAUGCAGCAGUCGGUUGAGUAUGAGAGGGGCAAGUUCCAGGAGUUUCUGGAAAAACAACCAAAUGCCUUAGACUACACUGAGAAGUGGCUGGAGGACACAGUGAAACACCUGAGAGAGGCCGAGCAGGACGGUUCUAGGGCUGCCUCCUCCAACCCCCCCUCCCUCCUCCCCGUUAAUGUCCACAAUCAGGCCUAUCUACGCCUGCUGAGGUGGGACCACGCCUCAGACGCCUUCCCAGAGACGGUGUUGAUGGAUCAGGCUCGAUUCCAGGAGAUGCAGCAGAAGGCUGAUCAGUUAGUCCUGCUCUCCUCUGUGCUCCUCAUCGUCUACACCACAACGGGGGAGGCCAUCUCAGGCCUGCCGGGGCUGAUGGAGAUUCUUAAAACCGCCGUGAACGUCAUGAUUGCAGACAUGCACAAACCGUCUUUCAGCGCUGAGGAGGCCUUAGCCACCAUCGGAGAGAAGAUGUGUGUUGAGCUGAGUCAGUGUCUGAGCCAACAUGGCUACUCUCCUUUCUCCGCCGACAGAAAGAGCAUUCUGAAGGGACAGAUCUCUGCCAUCAUCCAACCAGACAACACAGUCCGCAAGCUGAUGGAGUCACGGGUCCAGACCUAUCUCCUGGCUUCCCUGGAGUCCACUCAGCAGAAGACCCCCGUUCAUCUCCCAGGAGGUCUGGCUCCAGUCAGCAAGGAGAUGAAGGAGCUGGCUGUCCAGUUCAGUUGCCUGGUCAACUUCAACAAGCUGGUCUUCUCCCCGUUCUACCAGAAGAUCCUCGCAAAUAUACUGACACCCAGCACGGAGACGUAAACACAGACGAGUGGUGAACCCUGGUUUAGUUUAGCAGUUUCUCCCUCACAAGUACACCUUUCAUUCUAAGAGAAAAGAGUUGACACCUCAAACUGUCAUAAUGUUAAAUCCCUGACCACCAUCUCUGCUGCAUUAACUCACAGUGUUGUGUAUUUUACAAAUCUCAUGUACCUACUUGCUUUGUCAAAUGGUUACCAUCCUUAGGUACGGUAUGAAAUAUCUAAGAUAUAUAAUCAUUAAUAAUAAUAACACUAUUCAAAUAUAAAGGCUACAAGUCAAGACCUUUUACAUAUCAAGUGUUUCAGUAGGAAACCAGUCUUCACAGGUCAAUCAUUUCCAGAGUUAAGUGUUUGUCUUCUUGCUUUUAGACCUGGGAGCUUUCUAUCUACGUUCAAACCCAGGAAACCGCCUCUAUCUGCCAAUAUGUAGUUACUGAGCUUUCUCAGCCUGUUGUGUUCAGACAGAAACACGUGUUUAUGGAUAGAAACGAAUUUGAGGGGAGAAUGCGAGCACCUGUACGACAACGUCAUCUACAUUCAUCGAACCAGCCGCAGUUUAAAACCCUGUUGACCUUUUGAACUGCAUGUUGAAAGCCUUUCUGAGGGUCUGGACAUUUGCGCUGGCUCAUAGGGAAUUAAAAGAUUUGCUGUGCAGCAGGGGCCAAUACCACGCAGUGUCUAAAUGUUAUCAUGACGUUCAUACAAAGCCAGGCUAUAAAUGAAUAGAGUGAAAUGUACGAUGCUGUCACCUUUUUAAAAUUCCUCAAACACAAAUAGGAGUGUGGAGGGUGUGUGCACUUUUGAUAUCCACUGGAUGUAAAUGAAUAAGAUGCUUUGAGGAGGGAAACCAGACUUUUGUUAUGAUCGAGCUUGAAGUGUUACUGAUCUUUUUUUAGUUUACUUCACUCACACUCACACCUCUGAUAGUGUUUAAGAUAUUUAGGAUAUUAAUAUUUGACUUACACGUUGCUUUGCCUGUAGGUCUGACAAGUUUCUAAUGCUGAAUUUUAGCUGGUUUUUGUUAUUUCUUUUCUUUUUACAGGUAAUAACACAUUACCUGUUUAUGUGGUUGCUUAUCUGCAAAAAUUAAAACACUUGAGGUAAAACAGACACAGUUUAAAAAAAAGUUUGUUCAGUUUAGAGACAGCAUUUUAAAGGUAGAGUCCUGUCCUGAAUAACAAUGAUGUAUAUGUGUCAACAGCAAAUAUGAUUUUAUUUCAAAGCUCAAGCUACUCAGUGUUAUAGCCUGUAGCUCGUGAUAACACCUGUCUGUCCCCCUGACUCGCUUUGUGUCAGUGUUUGAGUUUUGUUUGUUUAUUAAGUCACAGUGGAAUCUUCAUGACCUUUCGUGAAUGCCAAUUAAAAAGUGAAACUGACCCAGUUCAA